UUCCAGAACGUGAGCGGGUUCUUUGUGCACCCCGUGGGGCUGGAGGUGCUGGUGGACCACAGCAGCCUGGACAUGGCCCGGUGGGCUGUGAGCAGGGUCUUCUACAACGGGCAGUACUACAGGGACAUGGUCCAGCUGGAAAGCGCCUACGUGCAGGGCCGCGUCAGCGUGGAGAGGGUGAGGAAAGCGCCGCGGGACGGCGACUUCUCGUCCAUGAAGCCCCGGGCGCCGUCGGCUGCGCCGUUCCCUCUGCAGUACGAGCCGCAGGGCCCCCGCUACAGCGUCAGGAACAACCACGUCGUCUUCCAGGCCUGGAGCUUUGCCUUUGGGAUGAGCGUGAGCACGGGGCCUCGGCUGUUUGACGUCCGACACGGCGGGGAGAGGGUUGCCUAUGAGAUCAGCGUGCAAGAGGCGCUGUCGGUGUACGGCUCCAACUGCCCCGGCGGGAUGUCCACCAGGUACAUGGACGGGAGCUUUGGCAUCGGGCGCUACACCUCCCCCUUGGUGCGAGGGGUCGACUGCCCCUACUUUGCCACGUACCUGGACGUGCACUACCUCGCCCAUUCCCAGGUGUCCAGGGUCACGAGAAGUGCCCUCUGCAUCUUCGAGCAGAACCUGGGCUCCCCUCUGCGGCGCCACUACUCCAACCUGCAGUCGCUCUACUACGGGGGGCUGGUCAACUCC